AUGUCCUGGCGCGGCUCCCUCCGCACGCCUCUCGCCCCCUUCUCAGCCUCUCGAGCCCGCGCAUUACCCGUACCUGUGUCUUCCGUCAACCGCGUCGUCUCGCGCGCCGCCGCUGCGCUGCAAGCUGCGCGUGUUCAUACCGACUUCGAGUCGUCCACGCGCCCUUCGGCCCUUCCGUCCGUGCUCAGUGUCUCGCGGUCCCUUCCAGAUCCUCCGCAGGGCUCAUCUUCGAAUCGGGAGGGCGAACUGUCUGACCAGGAAUGGGAAAUACGUACAGGACGCGCGAUUUAUAUCCUCCAGCAGACCCUCCCCGACUUCUUCACCACUGGUCUCAUCUCAUCCCUCGACGAAACCACGCCUGACGGCAAGGACACCUCGAUCUACAGCCCUAGCGUCCGUCUUGAGUACACUCCCCCUACUCCCUUCCCUCCCCCCUUCCCUCACACGCUGCACGUAGAAGGUCGCCCGUUGUACAUCGGCUCUUCGCUCUUCGUCAAGCACACCCUCAAUGCCCUGUACACAGACCUCCACGUAGAACUCCAGCGCGUGCGCGUCCACGGCCAACGUCCGCCCACGAGUCUCCGUCACGGUUCGUCCAGCAUCCAGGACGCCCCGCUCCGCUCCCAGACACGCAGCACGCGCGAGAAGAGCCUCUUCGUCGGACUCGUCGUCCGCGGCAUUAACCGGGUCAGCGCCGCUGAAGACGGCUGGGAAAUCAACUCAACGUACACCUUCUCUCCCACCACCGGGUUCAUCCACAUCCACCGGAUUGAGUCCAUCUUACCCGAGCCGCACCAAGCGUUCUUCAGCGCCCUCCAGGCCGCGCUGCACAAAAUCGGACUACGUAGCGGUUCGCAAGGCGCGGGACCGUCAACCACCCAGACUCGGUCUCUCCCUUCAAGUCGCAUAUGA